GUGGGGCUGAGUCCAGCUGUCGUCGAGCCCGGCCGGCCAUCGGGUCCAAGCGUCUGGCGUCGAGUCGCCGCGCGCCCACCGCCGUGCAGCAGAGACCGACCGCCAAUCUGCCAGGUCGCAGGAGCCGCCCGCGCCAGCGGACGCCGGCCAUGGAAGCGCCGGACGCGGGCAGCUAUUCCCUUGAGCAAGCUCAAGCUUUUUACUCAUUUCCAUUUCAACAAAUGAUGGCUGAAGCUCCUACCAUGGCAGUCAUGACUGAGCAGCAAAUGCCAGAAGUUCCUGCACCAGCUCCCGCCCAGGAUCCUGCACCAGAGGCUCCAAAAGGAAGAAAAAGAAAAGUCAGGACAACAGAACCAAAAAAACCAGUAGAACCCAAAAAACCCGUGGAACCCAAAAAAUCUGCUGAGUCAAAAAAAUCGGGCAAGUCAAAAAAAUCAAAAGAAAAGCAAGAAAAAAUCACGGACACAUUUAAAGUGAAAAGAAAAGUAGACCGGUUCAAUGGUGUUUCUGAAGCUGAACUUUUGACCAAGACUCUUCCGGAUAUUUUAACUUUCAAUCUGGACAUUGUGAUUAUUGGCAUAAACCCGGGACUAAUGGCUGCUUACAAAGGGCAUCAUUAUCCUGGACCUGGAAACCAUUUCUGGAAGUGCCUGUUUAUGUCUGGGCUAAGUGAGGUUCAGCUGAAUCACAUGGAUGACCACACCCUGCCAGGGAAGUAUGGCAUUGGGUUUACCAACAUGGUGGAAAGGACAACACCAGGCAGCAAAGAUCUUUCCAGUAAAGAAUUUCGUGAAGGAGGACGUAUUCUAGUACAGAAAUUACAGAAAUACCAGCCACGAAUAGCAGUGUUUAAUGGAAAAUGUAUUUAUGAAAUUUUUAGUAAAGAAGUUUUUGGAGUGAAAGUUAAGAACUUGGAAUUUGGGCUUCAACCCCAUAAGAUCCCAGACACAGAAACUCUGUGCUAUGUGAUGCCAUCGUCCAGUGCACGAUGUGCUCAGUUUCCCCGAGCUCAGGACAAAGUCCAUUACUACAUUAAGCUGAAGGACUUGAGAGAUCAGUUGAAAGGAAUUGAACGAAACACAGAUGUUCAGGAGGUGCAGUAUACAUUCGACCUACAGCUUGCCCAAGAGGAUGCAAAGAAAAUGGCGGUGAAGGAAGAAAAGUACGAUCCAGGCUAUGAAGCCGCGUAUGGAGGCACCUACAGUGAAAACCUGGCCAGCAGCGAGCCCUGCAGCUUCUCAGAUGGGCUAACAGCCAACGGGUCACAGCUACAAGGAGAAUCUACUUUUUCUGACAUUCCCAAUGGGCAGUGGAUGGCUCAGUCAUUUACAGAGCAGAUCCCUUCCUUCAAUCACUGUGGGAUGCAGGAGCAGGAAGAAGGAAGCUGUGCUUAAGAAUGGAGCCUCUCAGCUCAGCCUCAAUGCCGCAGUUUUAUUGCGGCUCUCAAGACACGGAACCUCAGUUUGUCGAACUGAAGUCUUUUCUUAGUACCUUAGUGAUGUAAUUACAGUACAGUACAGAACAGUUGUGUGUUAGAUUCAACUGUGUGAACCUCAGUAGUUUGGGAAGAAAGGGUGGGGUUUUGUAUAUGAGUUUUUGUAUUUGAAUUAACUGCCAUUCCAGGUUUUUUUAUAUAUAUAUAUAUAUAAUCCAUUUUAUGAAGAAACUUGAUUUUCUUUUGGGAGUCAUUUUGAUCUGUAAAUGCAACUGUCUGAACAUUUAUAGUUUAUUAUUAACUGUGCAAAGCCCUAGAUAUGUCAUUUUCCCUUUGACUGCCUAAGGAGACCAGACUAACAUUAAGCAGCAUUGCUGGGAAGGAGGCAAAUGUAGGUCUCCACACAGGAAGCUUACUGUGGCAUCUCCUGUUGUAGGUUUGGGGACUGAGGGUAAACUCGGGCACCCUGGUUAUAGUCACACUCAGACCUCUUUGCUUUCCGAGUACAGGAAAGAGUGAGAUUGCUAAGUAGCAGAAACACAGCAUGUGUCCUUGAGGUGGCAAGGCUGAGUGGCCUUAACUCACAGGACACUGAGCCCUGUCCCAGGCCUCCUCCGCUGUGCCUCCCAAAGGCACAGACAGCUGCUGUGCUGGGAGGCUCCAGACAGUGUCACUAGUACUUGUGCUUUACUUGAAAGGCAUAAAUUUGAUAGGGAAGUACUGGAUCUCUGCCAGUGUUUAUCACCUUUCUGAUUUUACCCUCCUUGGCUUUAAGGAGGCUAUGGAAGGUGGUGACAUGGACAGUGGUAAGCAGUGAACUUAUAGGCUGAGCAACAAGAUGCUGGAAGUGUUCCAUAAUCUUAUUUAAACUGGUGCUCUGUGUUCAUGACAUGUACUAAAAUAAGAUAGUUUUUCUUGUUAGGUGAAACAAGCCAACAACUAAAAACGCUUUCUGUGUAUCCUUGCUAUAUGAACCUUAAGGAAAGGUUGGUUUGAAUUCUGUACCUUUAUGGUUUUCUAAAGCAUUUUCUGUGGUGCUACAAAUGGUCCAGACCUUUGGCCUGGCGGAUAUUAAAUCUGGGCUUACAGAAAUUACCAUGUACAGCCACUCCUAGUCACUCUUGGAACAGUCAGACUAUAUACCAAUGUAUACCCAGAGAGCAUGUUGGUUUGGCAGAAUGAAAUGUAUGUGAGGUUUUUAUGUCAUCUGCAGAAGGUUCUAGAGCCUGUUCUUAUAUUUAUAAUGAGAGACUAAUUGUUGUGAACCUUAACAGGUCUUUUAGCUGUUGUGAUAAUGGAUUUUAUGUUCCCUUAAGCCUAGGUCAAGCUGUGUACAGGACAUUCAUGUUAUUUAAAUGGUGCACUGUAUUGCUGUUUACACGGACAUUUUGUGCAAGUGCUUUGAAGUGCCUUGCAUCAGGGAUUAGGAGCAAUUAUUUUUUCAUGGGACUAUGGAAAGCAUGUAAUUAGGUAUUGCUUUAGAAUAUAACUAUUGUAGCUUUACAAUGGGUUCUCUUAUUAGACUGGAGAAAAUACCCUUUAAAUUAUGAUAAACACUCCCUGGAAAAUGGGUGUGAAGAUUUUCCAAGCAUACAAUCAUGAUGCUUUUCAUCAAACAUGGCAAAUGAAUAAUAAAUGUUGAUAUAUCCUAUA